UGUGAGUAGUUGCUAACUCAAGGCUCUUCGGAUGGGUGAGUUAACUUAAAAUCUCUGAAUUAAAACCUGGGCAAUUUUUGCAAGGGAUUCCGAAUCAUGGCAGGAAGACAAGAAAUAAUGCAAAUGUGAUUGGUCAAUCGGCGUCAUAUGACACAAUCACAGGUGAUGUAGUUUGUGGCGGGGAAGGAGCACGUUUUGUGAUUUAAAAAAUAUAAAUUUCGCCGCGAAACCUUUUUUGUAUUUUCAAAUGGCAGAUCCGAAAGAAAACGAACCAUUCGACGACGCCGUGGAGGAGCGAAUUAUCAACGAAGAAUAUAAAAUAUGGAAAAAAAAUACGCCAUUUCUCUACGAUAUGGUGAUGACGCAUGCUCUGGAAUGGCCUAGCUUGACUGUUCAAUGGUUGCCAGACGUUACAAGACCCGAUGGGAAGGAUUAUUCCAGUCAUCGUCUCAUAUUGGGAACUCACACGUCUGAUGAGCAAAAUCAUUUGGUUAUUGCAACCGUGCAUCUUCCAAAUGACUGUAUGAAAUUUGAUGCUAGCGAUUAUGACAGCGAAAAGGGAGAAUUUGGAGGUUUCGGAUCCGUGAGUGGAAAGAUUGAGAUUGAAAUCAAGAUAAAUCAUGAGGGAGAAGUGAACAGAGCAAGAUACAUGCCUCAAAAUCCCUGCAUCAUUGCAACCAAAACUCCUUCAUCGGAUGUGCUUGUUUUCGAUUAUACUAAACAUCCGUCAAAGCCUGACCCAAACGGUGGCUGUAAUCCUGACUUGAGACUCAAAGGACAUCAGAAAGAAGGGUAUGGUUUAUCGUGGAAUAGCAAUGCAAAUGGGAAUUUAUUGAGCGCAUCAGACGAUCAUACUAUAUGUUUAUGGGAUAUCUCUGGCUUAACAAAGGAAACAAAGACGCUGGCCGCUGAAAGAAUAUUUACCGGACACACGGCAGUUGUGGAGGACGUUUCUUGGCAUUUACUACACGAGGCUCUUUUCGGCUCGGUCGCUGAUGAUCAUAAACUUAUGAUUUGGGACACGCGCGCGUCCAGUAGCAGCAAACCUACUCAUUCAGUCGAUGCUCAUACUGCAGAAGUCAAUUGUUUGUCUUUCAAUCCGUACAGUGAAUAUAUCCUAGCCACUGGCUCAGCCGAUAAAACUGUUGCGUUGUGGGAUCUUCGAAAUUUGAAAUUGAAGCUUCACUCAUUCGAGUCGCAUAAAGAUGAAAUUUUCCAGGUUCAAUGGUCACCUCAUAACGAGACGAUUCUGGCUUCAAGUGGCACGGACAGAAGACUGCAUGUGUGGGACUUGAGUAAAAUCGGGGAAGAGCAAUCACCAGAAGAUAUGGAAGAUGGCCCUCCUGAACUACUGUUUAUUCACGGUGGUCAUACGGCGAAGAUAUCCGACUUUUCGUGGAAUCCGAAUGAACCGUGGGUCGUGUGUAGCGUCUCCGAGGAUAACAUCAUGCAAGUUUGGCAAAUGGCUGAGAACAUUUAUAACGAUGACGAAGCAGACGUAGCACCUGGCGAUUUAGAGCAAGCGCCAGCCACUUAGUUCACUUGAAGACACAACCUAAUGAAAGCGACUCCUUAUGGACACAUGCAGCCUUCGCAUUUUGUAUCAUAUCCUUCAACUGAACUAUUAUUGCAUGCAUUGUAUCAAUUUGUUCACACAUCAGGUGGAUAGUUAUCUAUUUGUAAGAGAUGAUGAAGUUUUAGGGAGUAAUGUUGGAGGCGGUAUUCAUUCAAUGUUUCGCUCUCAAUAGACCAUUUAUUGAUUGUACCUUAUAUUGGAGAUACAUCCACUGAAUAUAUUGCCAUGUAUUAUGAAGUAAUACUUGAUGUAAUAAAAAUCAUUUUUAGACAAAAA